GAAGAACGCGCCUGCUCCGCAGUGUGGGUCUGAGCUCGCGCAGCACGUGGGGACGAGCGGUGAGCGCGAGGGUGAUGUGCACGCGUUUGUUCUCGCUUUACAAAAGCUGCUUUUGUGCUGUAGAGAUCGUUCAACAUCUGUCGCACCGGGCCGGUCGAGCAUUGUACAGUAAAUCUCCAAAUAUCUCAUCAGAUAUAUCAGAUCACCCGCGUGUGGUUGGCAGUAUGAAGUAUAUUCUGGUGACGGGCGGCGUGAUCUCGGGCAUCGGGAAAGGCAUUAUAGCCAGCAGCGUGGGAACCAUCCUCAAGUCCUGCGGCCUGCACGUCACAGCCAUCAAGAUCGACCCCUACAUCAACAUCGAUGCGGGGACCUUCUCUCCAUACGAGCACGGUGAGGUGUUUGUUUUGGAUGAUGGGGGAGAGGUGGAUUUGGAUCUGGGCAACUAUGAGCGUUUCCUGGACAUCAGGCUCACCAAAGACAACAACCUGACCACCGGAAAAAUCUACCAGUCGGUCAUCAACAAAGAGCGCAGGGGAGAUUACCUGGGCAAAACCGUACAGGUGGUGCCACACAUAACUGAUGCUAUUCAGGACUGGGUGAUGCGUCAGGCUAAAGUUCCCGUAGACGACGAUGAUGUUGAGCCCCAGGUCUGCGUCAUCGAGUUGGGCGGUACGGUUGGAGAUAUAGAGAGCAUGCCCUUCAUCGAAGCCUUCAGACAGUUCCAGUUUAAAGUGAAGAGAGAGAAUUUCUGUAAUAUUCACGUCAGUCUGGUACCACAGCCCAGCGCUACAGGAGAGCAGAAGACCAAACCCACGCAGAACAGUGUGAGGGAGCUCAGAGGCCUGGGACUGUCCCCUGACCUGAUUAUGUGUCGCUGCUCCACUCCGCUUGAUAACUCGGUGAAAGAGAAGAUAUCCAUGUUCUGUCAUGUGGAACCUGAACAGGUAAUCUGCGUACAUGAUGUAUCAUCCAUCUACAGAGUGCCGCUGCUCUUAGAAAACCAGGGUGUUGUGGGAUACUUCUGUCGCAGGCUGAACCUGCCCAUUGAAACCAAACCCAGGAAAAUGCUCGCAAAGUGGAAAGAGAUGUCAGACAGGUCAGACAGGCUGUUGGAGCAAUGCUCCAUUGCUCUGGUGGGGAAAUACACCAAGUUCUCAGACUCGUAUGCGUCUGUGAUCAAAGCCCUGGAGCACUCCGCUCUCGCCAUCAGCCACAAGCUAGAGGUUAAGUAUGUUGACUCUGCAGAUUUGGAGGCCAGUAGACUUCAGGAAGAGCCAGUGAGGUACCACGAGGCCUGGCAGAAACUCUGCAGUGCUAAUGGGAUUUUAGUACCUGGAGGUUUUGGAGUACGAGGGACGGAGGGCAAGAUUCAAGCCAUCAGCUGGGCCAGGAAACAGAAGAAGCCCUUCCUGGGUAGAACCUGCUUAAAAUUCAUUAAAACUGAAAUGUCCUGCUCCGUCUGUGAAUGUUUAGAAGCAGUGUUGAGCAAAGUGUGGCUCUUGUUUUUCCUAGAUGCGAACUCCACCGAAUUUGACCCAGAAACAGAACAUCCUGUGGUGAUUGACAUGCCAGAACACAAUCCAGGGCAGAUGGGAGGAACUAUGCGGCUGGGGAAAAGGAGAACCAUUUUCAAAACCAAAAACAGCAUACUUAGAAAACUUUACGGAGAUGUAGAUCAUUUGCAAAUAUUUGUGUUAUUCUUAGGUGUGCUAGCAUGGAUGAAAGCAGUGUUAUUUGUUCUGUGUGAGCAGGUGAACCCAGAGCUGACGCAGCAUUUUGAGGAGAAGGGCUUCCGUUUUGUGGGUCAGGACGUGGAGGGGGAGAGAAUGGAGGUCAUCGAGCUGGACGAUCACCCGUAUUUUGUUGGUGUCCAGUAUCACCCAGAAUUCACAUCCAGACCCAUAAAGCCGUCUCCGCCGUACUUGGGCCUGUUGUUGGCCGCUGCAGGGAGGCUUCCGGGUUAUCUUCAGAAAGGCUGUCGGCUUUCACCACGAGAAACAUACAGUGACGGGAGCGGCAGCAGUUCUCCAGACUCGGAGAUCGCAGACUUGAAACUACACUCACUUGCUCAGGAAUAAAUCAGUUAAUGGUAUAGGGCAGCGUGGGACUAUUUAUAUAGUUUUGUUUUCAGGGCCUGCUUUCUAAAAAGGAUGUGCUCUGUAAUGCAGUUUUAAAUGGUCCAGCUUCAGUGAAAACAGGAUUUGACAGACUGGUAGCUUAAUUUAGUCCAAAUAGUUUUGAAUUGUAUAUUGCAUGUGAUUUGCCAAUUAAAUCAGUGGAAGUGAGGCGUAAACUUGCUCGGGACAACUGCUUAAGGUUUUUUUUUUUGGUAAGAUUUGUUCCUAUGAAUUAUCUUGAUAUUAGAUUUGUUCCCCAUGUGUAUCUUUUAAGCUGACAGUUGUCAUUUUUGGAAAAUGUAAAGUCAAGUGUACAAAGAACGACAAUUUUCUUGGAGUCAAGGAUUGUCCCAAGAGGGUUUAUUCAGAAAUAGUCAGCUCUACAGAAGAAUGACUAAAUAUUAAAACAUUUUAAUAAGCAUAUAUUAAAAAAAAAAAAAAAAAAAAA